AUGUCUUUCAAACCUCCGUAUUCCAAAUCUAAACCCUCUUCUAGCAUCAUAUCUCCUAUUGCAUCUCAAUUUCCUUCAAUUUCGUCCAAAGAAGAACCUUCUCAAAUAGAUGAAAAUUUAAGCUCUACUUUGGUUGUCACAAGAGAGCUCGAGCAACUACCUUCCAAGAAGCAUUUGAAUUACGAGAACUUAUGUUUGUUAAAUGGUUUCCUUGCCAAGCAUUCUUCUCUUCAUUUAAGAGAUACUUCGCUUAGUAAUAGAUACAAGGGCUAUGCCUACAAUUUACUUGCUGAGCUAUUGAAAUUCCUUCAAACGCAUACUAUGCUCGAUGUAUUGGGCUCAUGCCGCUCUGAACUUGUUGAGUUAUUAGAAGAUGUGUGCAGCUUUGCUUUCGAUAAGGAUUGGUUGGAUGGUUUUGAAAGGCGUAUAAUUCAACAAGAGGCGGUUUUAAAUGCCUCUAUUAGUUAUUAUACUAUAUUUUCUUGUACUCAUUGGGGGAGAUACUAA